AUGGCGCGCCCAGGCAAGGCGAAGAGCGUUUUCUCAGACAACGCCGACCUUCCAUCGCAGAAGAAACGAAUGACGACCGUGGCUGCUACUGCAGACAUGGGACUAAGUGGCGGCACUGGUCUGUAUCAGUUGGAGCAAAUGGCAGCGGAAUUCGGUAAAAAACCAGAGUUCAACAAACUCAUGUACAACGACGAAAACGUACUCAUGACGCUCAAUGUGCAACUCAAGAACCCACGUUACAAGUCCAAUAUGGACGUUUUUAUGGACAAAACAACUGCCAUCUGCAAAUACGAUAUUUCCGUCAACGGUGGAGAGAAAAUCACGGGAACUGCCACCGCUCCCAACAAGAAAACGGCAAAGAAAAACGCAGCGAGAUGUAUGCUGAUGCAUAUGGAAAAACCGACACUAGAAGAGAUUGAAGAAAUCACGAAAUGGAUGGUUGCUGGGCACCGCACCACUAUCGGCGCCCGAGAGGAACCCGUGUCCAAGGAAUUUGGACCGCUCGGGCAUACUGUCACCCUUAGGUGGAGGGUAGGGGACCAGUCUUACUAUGGCAAGGGGGUUUCCAACUCCCUGAAGCUGGCAGAACUUUACGCCACGCAGGACCUCUAUUGUCAAACGCAAAAGUUGCCACCAAUGCAGCAAGAGGCGAAAGUGGCGAAACCAGUCAAGGUAGACGCCGCUCCAACUAUCACAAAAGCUUCUGCUAAGGCUUCUAAGCCAGAACCUAUCAUCGAUGAAGUGUCGAGGGCAGACGUCUGCCAGAUGAACACCAUAAGAUACUCCAUGGUUAACAAAAUGAAGGUGAAGCAGCACGAGGUCGUAACCCAAUCACGAGGCGGGUUCCUGUGCACGCUUACAUGGGAAUGGGUCGACGCGAAUGGGCAAGUUGAGAAGAGGACGGUCGAAAAACAAGGUACCAGCAAGGCCCUGGCCAAGGCUGCGGCAAGCAAGGCCAUACUCGUAGAAAUCGGUGUUAUAGACCCGGUGACACGUGAAGAAAGUUCACACGCUUCGUCUAUACGAAGCAGUGUAACAAAAAAUAUCGCAAGAGCCGUGCAAGCGGCGUCGGAAUUUGUCCAAAAAACCAACUGCAGCGUGUGGAGACUGUUUCUUCCACAAUUGGUUGAUGCUCUAGCUCAGAGAGGCGACCGCGAAUUAGUGACGCCACUUCUGGAGGGCAUUUCCACCGCAAAUGCGGAAAUACCGACCGACAUCUGGGAGACGCUCCUAUCGCUGGCUAGCAUGGCCGUUGAUGAGACAUUUUGUAGAGCAGUUCUGCAUGGUAUCAAAAACUUAACGCUUGACUCGAGCUGGUUACUUGCGCUGGAGUUCAACGCUGAAAUCUGUUCAAACUUGGCCUCUAUUCAGGGCAGAGGUGGAAAAGACGUCGUCAGCCUGCUUUGUGAGAACACCAAGUCAUUGCUUCCGCUCAUGUUCCUUAAAGGAACCAUCAACUCAGAAUACAGCAAAUCGCCUUUAAGGGAGGACGAUAUGGUUCUACUAGUGCCAUACAACGGAGUGUAUCUAUGGGGUGACGGAUUGGUCGGCAUUGUGUCCAAGCAUAAAAGCGAAAACUACGAGGCCACGUUGACAUGCAAAAUCGUGAACCGACUAAAAUGGGAUCCAACUGAUGCCAUAUAUGAGCACAAUAGGUUCGGAGUUUUCCUCGUCAACAGUACCACAACCAACAAGAGAAUGAUGCAGGCGCUGUUGUCAAUAACACACAAGAUGUUGCCGGUUAACUCGACUGCACAGGGGUACCACUACAACAAGGAUCUGCAGCGCAUACUUAUCGAGAGCGACAAAGACACCGUAAUGGAGGACGAGCUGAACAAUGCUGCGUUGCCAACCACAAUACCUCUCACGCCAGCCCAGUCGGAUGCCUGCAAAAGUGCACUAACAAACCCCGUGACUCUCAUUCAGGGGCCACCGGGCACUGGCAAAACGCAGGUAGCAUGUGCAAUCAUUGACUGUUGGAGACAGCAAACGAAAGAAAAAAUUUUGGCAGUUGCGGACUCAAAUGUCGCCGCAGAUAACCUCAUAGAGGGGCUAAAUAGCAGGGGUAUCAAUGCUUUGAGGAUCGGAUUUGGGUCUGAGUCACUGUUGCAGGAGGAGUCUCUCAAAAGGCUUGCCAAAUAUAACCGCUACAAAUCGUUGAGAGAAGCCGGGUGCCACAAGGAAGCCAACUCCAUGCGCAUGGUAAUGAUCACCGAAGCUAUCAAACAGCAUCAGGUCAUCAUAGCCACAUGCGUAGGUAGCGGGAACGACAUUUUAUCCAAUUACGCGUUCCCGUAUGUUGUUAUAGACGAGUGUGCCCAGUCCAUUGAAGCGAGCAACCUCAUUCCAAUUGGGAAGGGUUGCAAACAACUAGUGCUUAUUGGGGACCACAAGCAACUGAGACCCACCAUCAUAUCGCCGGAAGCCGCGGCCCAGGGGCUCUCCAUCUCACUCCUUGAGAGAUUGGUAUCUGCAAGGGUAGCGACAGUACAUCUGCUGGACGUGCAGAGACGUAUGCACCCUUCAAUUUCCGAGUUCCCCAACAAGCAUUUCUACCGGGGAGCCGUCAGAGAUGCCGUUAGCGAGAGCAGCAGACCACCAGUGAAGGGGUUCAAGUGGCCAACAAAAGGGUACAAUAUCGCUUUCAUCGACGCUAGUGCAGGAUGUCCGAACAGCCAGUUUGAAUCAACCGUCGGCACGUCCAAAUCUAACGCACUGGAAGCCGAUAUAGUUGCUAUCGUGCUCAAGUCAAUUAUGGAGGCGAGAGACGUAAAGGAGUCACAGAUCGGAAUUCUCACUGCAUAUGAUGCGCAAAAGUGGAUGCUCAAACGGAAAAUAAACCAAAUAGACGCGGUAAAAGGACAGGCAAUCGAAAUCGAUUCCGUGGACGGUUUCCAGGGCAAAGAAAAGGAUCUCAUAAUUUUCUCAGCAGUCAGGUCUAACCUGCAAAAGGAUGUUGGGUUCCUCAGGGAUCCCAGGAGGAUGAACGUCAUGUUGACCCGCGCUCGCAGGGGGCUCAUUGUCAUUGCCGACAAGUACACGAUCAUGAACGAUACCGCCAACUGGAGGCCAUAUGUGGAGUACAUCACAGACCGGGUGCUGGAUAUACACAUCUCAGAGUUGAACAUGUUCCUCGACUCACCUUCAAACCGACUGGACGGCAUAGUUCGCCAGGCAAGAACUGGGUGGUACCCAUGA